CACUUGAUGUAUAUAUAUAUAUAUUUAAGUAAUUAAAACGUGAUGUAUAAGAGAACGUGCUUCUUACUUUAUAUUUCGACAUUAAGAAUAUUAUCAUUUUAUAAAAGUUACAGUUUCCAAGAAAAAGUGUCUUUAAUAAUUGCUUUGAAAAAUUACGUUAAACACGUGUAACAAAAGUCACUUUGUAACUGACUGAAGCACACGAAGAAUAAAUAAAAGUGGCUGUGGUUGUGUGUAUCAUUAUGUAUUGGAUUUAACGUAGAAAAUGACGAAUGUAUAUGGAAAAGUGGUUGUUUUGGGUUCACAAGGUGUUGGCAAGACAAGCAUAAUCAAGCGUUACAUUGAAAAAAAGUUCAACGAACAUUUGAAUCCUACAAUUGGAGCAUUAUUUUUCUCUUGCAAAUUAAAAAUAGAAGAUUCAAGAGUAAUACUAAUGAUUUGGGACACAGCAGGACAAGAAAGGUUCAGAUCAAUGGCGCCAAUGUAUUAUCGAAAAGCUAAUGUAGCUAUGUUGGUGUUUGAUUUAACUGAGUACAGUACAUUUACAGCAAUGAAACGAUGGGUGGAGGAACUUCAAAAAAAUGUGGAAGAUCCUAUGGUAUUGGUAGUAGUUGGAAACAAAUUAGACUUAAUGGAAAAACGGCAAGUUGACGCUGAGGAGGCUAGAGUUUACGCUACGAAAAUUGGUGCAAGCUAUCACGAAACGUCGGUGCUACAAAGUGACGGGAUAGAAAAUCUAUUCUUAACUAUUGGUACAGGCCUCCUUAAAUUAUCUUCUACCAACUAUGAUUUGAUAUCACUAAGGUCAGUCAAUUCGAUAGAUUUAAACUGGAGUGGUAUAAAUACGUUAUGUACACCGACAAUCGAAGAAAGUGCUCAAAAUCUUAGUACCGCUCAUGGAACACAAGAGAGAUUUUUCAAAUGUUGCUAACCCCUCAUCCCUUAUUUCAUGACUUUCUAAAUAUAGACUGAUGCAACCUUUGUAAUUACUUUUUAAUAGCUACAUUUUGAGAUAAGAUCUCAAUAUUCUCCCGUUAUAUAAAUGCGCACAGACACAGAAACUCAUCCAGAAUACG